AUGGUGCUGAGCACAAGUAGGUACAUGUACCACGCGAGUAUCCUUGGUCUCUUCAGUUGUAAUCAUCACACCUUGGUCGCGUUCUGUAAGAGCUGUGCUUCAAACAUGGCGUUCACCAGAAUGAAAGUCUUGACCCUUCUGUCAGUAUGGGCGAUUUCUACGAUGGCAGCUGUGUUCAGCGAAGCGGAUUAUGCUUCAGGAGCUGUCCACGAACGGAUCAUGGGUAUUAAAAUGGCACACUGGGCGAACGAGCUCGCUGCAGGUCAAAUGAACAGCUCUCAGUAUCCAGAACUCGGCUACACACCAUGCGAGAAUGGCUUUGCAGCAGCCAUUCCUGGAGACACUAACAACACCUUCAGAUGCAACAACAUCGACCUGUACCACUUUCUGCCGCACUCAGCACUGGGUAGCAACUCAGCACGAGGCUCAUCGAUGUGGGGCUGGACUUCGGAAGAUGACAGAGAAUUUGUCGCCAUCGGUCAAUACGAUGGCACAGCUUUUGCCGAGAUCAGCUCGGAAGGCAAGAUGGUAUAUCUUGGGCGUCUGCCUCAGUACGACCCAAUUGGAUCCAACUGGCGUGAGAUCAGAAUUCUCCGUGACUACGCUGUGAUCGGUUCCGAGGCUAUCCACCACGGCGUCCAAGUCUUCGACAUGAAGAAGCUGCUCGACUUGGACCCAGCAAAUCCCAAGAACUUCACGCAAGAAGAUCUCACCGGACACUGGGACGAGCUCCCUGUGGGCCGCACCCAUAACAUCGCCAUGAAUGAAGAACUGAACUACGCCAUCGCUUGCGGCUCCGUAGGCGGCAAUGAAACCAUCCGAGUCCGAGGCGACCUCCCCUGCCGCGGCGGCCUGAUCUUCCUCGACAUGUCCGACCCUACCAACAUCACCAGCCCAGGCUGCGCCGCUGCCGACGGGUACGUCCACGAUGCCGAAUGUCUCGUCUACCGCGGCCCUGACGCCCGCUACUACGGCCGUGACAUCUGCUAUGGAUACAACGAAGACACCCUGACGAUCUACGACGUGACAAACAAAGUCGGCAACACAACCACCAUCAUCUCCCGCACAACUUACCCAGGAGCCGAAUACGUCCACCAAGGCACCGUAAACAACGCCACCUGGCAGGAAUACAUCUUCCUAGACGACGAAUUCGACGAACGAGAUGCCGAGACAGGCCCAAUGACGCAGGGUUUACCGACUACACACAUCUUCGACAUCCGCGACCUCGAGAACCCCUUCUACACCGGCAACUUCGAAGGCCGCACGAGGUCUAUCGAUCACAAUCAGUACAUCCACGACGGAUACCUGUACCAGUCCAACUACGGCAACGGUCUGAAUGUCUGGGACACACGCUCCAUUACAUCCGACCCCACCGGUAGCAGCAUCUGUGAAGCCGGAUUCUUCGACAUCCACCCGGAAGACGACGAGCUCGAGGGCGGUGGCAGCGUCGUUUUCACGGGCUCAUGGCAUUCUUACGCUCAAUUCAAAUCUGGAUACAUUUUCGUGCACACCAUCGAGCGCGGCUCCUUCGUCGUGAAGAUGACGAGUAAAGAAUGUCCCAAGCCGGCGGUAUGCAAAUCGGACGCAUGCUUGUCAUCGCUACGAGUUUCGAGUAUUGAGGGCAGGAUUGAGCAGAGUCAGGAAUUUUGUCAUAGGUUUUUGGUGAGGCAGAGGGAGGAUGUGGAUUUGGUGCCGGAAUAUGCGAGGAUGGGGUGUGCGGGUAAUGAUACUGUGGCGAGGGUGAGUAGUGCUUGUGCUUGUGUGCCGACGAAGAUGGUGCCGGAGUUGCCGAGGACGACGAGUAGGCCGCCGGUGCCGACUGUGUUGCCGCCGUGA